AUGGCCAAGAGAGUCGCCGAUUCAAAGCCCAAGGCUGACAGAGUUGUCGUCGACAAUUCAAAUCUCACCGAGCUAAAGGCGACGUGCGAUGAGGCGGUGGAGCGCAUCCUAUCGCGUCAACCAGGAGCGAAUGGAUCAUCAACCAAAGCACAGGGCUUUGCGCCGUUCAAGGUCAGCCAUUUUCAUACCGAUUUGCGCCUCGUGCUUGGUUUUGUCGCUUCGGCCAUCAUGAUCGGUACCUCGAUCUGGGCGUACUUCGUGGAAAAGGAGUGGAAACGCAACAAGCAAGCGUGCGCCAUCGCUGUAGUCAUCUACAUUCUCUUGUCGGGCAUCCAGAUGGUUGACUCGUAUCUGCAGGGCAAUCUCAUCUUUUCGGGCACACGCAAGACCACCUCGGAUCCAACAGAAAUCGAGUCACUCACCAUUGCAUCACCUCCGCUGCCAAAAGCUACCAAGUCGAAUUCCCAGACCAGCGCCGGUCAAGCCAUCUUGACGCCUCCAGCAUAUACUCUCCAGAUUGACUACACAAGGAAAAGCAGUGAAGCAAAAUCGCUUCUGGCACGCAAGAACUCGUCGCUACCGCUGGGACAUCUAGGCGAAUGGUUCACCGAAGACGGAGAGUUUGUCGAGCCAAUCUUUGAACAGCGUUUGCUCUCCGGUCUCGAAAAGGCAUUUGGUCAAUAA